CUUUCGCUUCCGCUUCCAAGAGCGCAUUUAACUUUAGUUGCGACUUCUACGUUGAAGUUUGAGUUCUGUCUAUUUUUUAUUAUUAUUUAUAAACUGCUUUAAAUUAUUAGUUUACAGCACUGCGAUUAACCCCAUUUUCGAAGCUUGACCAGCAUCAGAAUUAAAUAUAGAAUUGAUUUGUUUCGCUUGCAAGGUGGGAACGUCGAGCCGCAUGCAUCUCUGACAUUUGAAAGGUUUCUCUUGUUCCUGUCAGACACACCGGUCUGUGUGUCGAUGAUGGAAGCUAAGAUGCACAUGAAAGAGUGGCUGGUAGCUCAGAUAGAGAGUGGGAAAUAUGAGGGGCUGUGCUGGGAAGACGAGAGCAAGGCGAUGUUCAGGAUUCCGUGGAAGCACGCAGCCAAGAAGGACUACAAACAGACGGAGGACGCGGCUCUCUUUAAGGCCUGGGCUGUAUACAAGGGCAAGUACAGGGAGGGGAGGGAUAAAGCCGACCCCACCAUGUGGAAGACCCGUCUCCGCUGUGCACUCAACAAGAGCACAGACUUCCAGGAGGUCCCUGAACGCAACCAGCUGGACAUCACUGAGCCUUAUAAAGUCUACCUCAUCCAGCAGGACAAUGGGCCAGCCAGGCCAGCAGAGUCUCCCCAGACUAAAGAUCAAGUGAUCCAGGAUAUGAGGUCUCCAAGGAGCCCUGCCUUUCUGGACAAACAGCUUCGUUGUCAAAAGGAAUCAUUUCACAGAAGGAAAGAAGAAGUAAAACCAUUCACUGAUGAUCCAAUGAGGGAGCACAUGUAUUGUGAGCUCACAGGAAAAAAGUCUCUAAAUCAGAGCCCCGCUACUAUAACCUUCAGCCCCACGCUUACUGUAUCAGACUUUCGUAUGCAGGUGACGUUGUUGUACCAGGGCCAGAGGGUGCUGAAGGUGACCACCAGGAGCCCAGAAGGGUGCUUCAUCCUGCAGGGCCACGUCCCCUUGGGAAACGAACGGAUCUACGGGCCCUGCACCGCCCAGCAGCUCUCCUUCCCCUCCCCGGGCUCCGUGUCCCUGCCGUCAUGGAUGGCUGAAGCGAUGAGCCGCCUCCUGUGUCACCUGGACAGGGGUGUGCUAUUGUGGGUGGCCCCGGAUGGGGUGUUCAUCAAGCGGUUCUGCCAGGGCAGGGUGUACUGGAGCGGUCCCAUGGCGCAACACGCCGACCGGCCCAACAAACUAGAGCGAGAAAAGACCUUCAAACUGCUCGAUAUACCCACAUUUCUCAAUGAGCUCCAGAGCUGUUUACAGGGGAAGGGACCAACGCCUUCUUAUGAGAUUGAGCUCUGCUUCGGAGAGGAGUAUCCAGACCCCAAUGUGCCUAAAACCAGGAAGCUGAUCAUGGCGAAGGUGGUGCCCUUGUUUGCAGAAGAGCUGCUGCAGAGGUUCAACUUCCUCGAGAUUGAUGAGAAGCGGCCGAUUCUCACCUCCAACACAGAGAGAGAGAAGAUGUAGGACAGGGAAAGCUUCCUGGCACCUGGGCCGCCAUGAACAAUGUACAAGUGGAUUACUGAAGUUCCAUUCCUUUUUUCAUGAGAGACAUCCUCAGAGCUGAGCAAACAAUACAGAGCAUCAUCAGUGGAAAAUGUAUCCACAAUGACGAAACAAUGGAGGUGUUGCAUUGUAGUCUAGACCUAUUUGUGAUUCAUAAAGGGAUUUUUUUUGUUUUCUUAUAUAUUGUCCACAAUAACUAAUGGCAAUAGGUAUUAGGUAUUAGCUGUUGUUAAAGCAAAACUCUUCUUUAACCCAAUAAAACAUGCUGAAAACAUCUGUCUAUGUAUGCGUGUGGGCCAAAUGUGAGGGUAUGCAGGAUUGUCCCCAGGAGACCCCGCUCAUCUGAUCGAACCACUUCACACUUGGUGGGUUCAUUGCUGGGGACCCCGAGGGAGUGCCUUGACGAAUUUGGUGCAAUUUUGACUCAUUCAAUAUGUGAUUAAACAAG